UUUUUCUCUGCUCCAUACAGAUCUAGUGUCCACAGCGCUGAGUAAGCAACUUCUUCAACAGCCACGCACAGCCACAGUCCACAGCCAGCCCUAUUUGCACCGCCCCUGGUGUCCCCACUGACAAGCCACUUACGCCACCUUGAUACCUGUAGAAUAAGGCACCACAGCGUCUCAGGUACAGUUGUUGUUGAGCUCGCAGCUAUUCUUGUUUAGGGCAGGUACGAAGCAGGCUCCAGAAUACUUUCAAAUUGCGCAGCAUUCCCGAGUUCUCGAAGCACUUAACCGCAACCACGAUGUCUGGAUACAAAACUGUUGGUUAUUUUGUUAAUUGGGCCAUCUACGGCCGCAACUACAACCCCCAAGAUCUCCCCGCGGAGAAAUUGACCCAUAUUCUUUACGCAUUCGCCAAUGUCAGGCCAGAGACUGGCGAAGUCUACCUUUCUGACACCUGGUCUGAUAUCGAGAAGCACUACCCCACUGAUUCUUGGAAUGAUACCGGAAACAACGUCUACGGCUGCGUCAAGCAGCUGGGCUUGCUUAAGCGGCAGCACAGACAGCUCAAGGUUCUCCUUUCGAUUGGAGGAUGGACCUAUUCUCCCAACUUUACCAACGGAGCUGGUACCCCUGAGAACAGAGCCCGCUUUGCGCAGACUGCGACAAAGCUCAUCACUGACCUUGGUUUUGAUGGGAUCGAUAUUGAUUGGGAGUAUCCUCAGAACGAUCAGCAGGCUCAGAACUACGUGGAUCUCCUACGCAGGUGCCGUGAAGCUCUGAAUGCCGCUCAGGGCCAACGGAGGUUCCAGCUUACUGUUGCUGUCCCAGCGGGUCCGGAUAAUUACAAUAAGCUCCGGCUACAGGAGAUGACGCCGUACCUAGACUUUUACAAUCUUAUGGCUUAUGACUACGCCGGUAGCUGGGAUCAGACCGCUGGUCACCAGGCGAAUCUCUACCCCUCGACCAGCAACCCCACGUCCACUCCCUUUAACACUGUCCAAGCUGUGAACCACUAUAUCGAUGCCGGUGGUGUCCCAUCAAACAAGAUUAUCCUAGGCAUGCCAAUUUACGGCCGUGCCUUUCAGAACACCGAUGGCCCCGGCCGACCUUACUCUGGUAUAGGCCAAGGGACGUGGGAGCAGGGUGUUUAUGAUUACAAGGCGCUGCCCAGACCGGGUGCCACCGAGCAGCUGGAUACCAACAUUGGUGCGUCCUGGUCGUAUGAUCCUUCGUCCCGUGAAAUGGUUUCGUACGAUACUGUGGCUGCGGCCGACCUCAAGGCCGCCUACAUUCAGAGCCGCCGGCUCGGCGGAGCUAUGUGGUGGGAAACUAGUGCUGAUAAGGGCGGCAAGACUGCGAACAAGGCUGACGGCAGCUUGAUUGGCACCUUUGUCGAAGAUGUUGGAGGCGUCAAUAACUUGGAUCGCACACAGAACGCCAUCAGCUACCCCGACAGCCAGUACGACAACCUCAAGGCUGGCUUCCCGUCGUCCUAGGGUAAGGUUAGGGUCGAGUUUCUCUCCGUUGACAUGCCAUACUUCGUUACGUUGAUACGCUCGCUUAUAUGUACAUACUACUAUCGUUACUAGGAUACCGGUAGACCGGCUAGAUGAGUUGUUUUGAGAUUUUUUCAUUCAUAUUGCAAUACCUCUUAAGGCUUCUGUUUCUU